UUCUUCCCGUAUGCACCAUUUGGUGGUAGAGCAAACCAAACCUCAGAGACAUAAACAGGAAAGCCAACUUUCAUCCCAUUGCGAAGCAUUCUCAAUCUUAUUCAAAGAUCGACGCAUCAAUAUCGUAUAGAUUCUGUGUGGAGAUGGAGAUGGAGAUGGCCACAUCGCCGGCGAUUCCUCAGUCCGGUGAAUCAGUUGAUGAUGUGAAGAACAUGGAAUCGGUUCCUUUGCUUUCUAGGUUUUCAACUGUUCCGGCCACAGCCAACUACCAAAUGAAACGGAGAAUCGUCACGAAAACGACGUCCGAACCGUCCCCGCCGCGGCGCCAGCAAUCGUUCAGUCGUGACAUUGGUCACGCCGCCUCUGAGACCUAUUUGGUUACUCGUCUUAGCUUCAAGCUUCUCGGAUAUCUCGGGGUAGGCUACCGUUGGAUCACAAGACUUCUUGCCCUCGGUUUAUAUGCCAUGUUACUUAUGCCUGGCUUUCUCCAAGUUGGAUAUUACUAUUUCUUCUCUAGCCAAGUCCGUCGGAGUAUUGUUUAUGGAGAUCAACCUAGAAAUAGGUUAGAUCUAUAUUUACCGACAAGUAGAGAUGGCCUAAAGCCAGUUGUGGCAUUUGUAACCGGUGGAGCCUGGAUUAUUGGGUACAAAGCAUGGGGUUCUCUUCUAGGAAAGCAGUUAGCAGAAAGAGACAUUAUUGUGGCAUGUAUCGAUUACAGAAAUUUUCCUCAGGGGACCAUCGGCGAUAUGGUUGAAGAUGUUUCUCAAGGCAUCUCAUUCAUAUGCAACAACAUUGUUGACUAUGGAGGUGACCCUAACAGGAUUUAUCUUAUGGGUCAAUCAGCUGGGGCACAUAUUGCUGCUUGUGCUCUCCUAGAGCAGACAAUUAAAGAAUCUCGAAGAAAGAGCAUUUCCUGGAGUGUUUCCCAGAUAAAAGCUUAUUUUGGUGUGUCAGGAGGGUAUAAUUUACCAAACUUGGUUGACCACUUUCAUGGUCGAGGCUUAUAUCGCUCCAUAUUUUUAAGUAUAAUGGAAGGGGAACAAUCCUUGCAUCAAUUUUCUCCUGAACUGGUGGUACAAGACCUGAGCAUUAGGAAUGCUGUAUCCAUUCUGCCUCGUAUUAUCCUUUUACAUGGAACCUCGGAUUAUUCCAUCCCUUCUGAUGCAAGGUUUUAUUUCAGAUUAUAGCCUUCAUACUACUUUUUGUUCUGAUAUGACGGGACAUUCCAUCCCAAAAUCUUGUGUGCUAUCCUUUGUUGUCUUUUGUCGUCUUAUUUGUCCUUUUAUUCAUCUGACAAAUUUUCCUAACUUCUAAUGGACUCUGGGCAUUUGCUAUUAACAGCAAAUCUUUUGUAGAUGCUCUCCACAGGGUAGGUGCGCCAGCUGAACUAAUCUUGUACAGUGGAAAAACUCAUACAGAUUUAUUUCUUCAAGAUCCUUUGAGAGGCGGUAAAGAUGAGCUAUUCGACUAUCUGGUAGCUUUCAUUCAUGAUGGUGAUAAAGAAGCUCUUGCUAAGGCACCUCCGAGGAGCAGGCGGCGGCUUGUUCCCGAAAUUUUAUUAGUGUUGGCUCGCAGGGUUAGUCCCUUUUAAGCCUUCCGGCUCAUUGUAGGCUAUUUAUUGGCAAUUGACAGUUAUUAGAGCGCAAUGUACGGUUGUGUUCUUUGCUUGUCUUUGGACUUGGCAUAGGGGGUUAUUGCAGUCUGAGACAUACAUUCUUGUCUUGUAGAGAUAUCUUUGUCAUUUAAUUGCUUGACUAAUAUUCUUAUUCCCAUAUCAGUGGGGAAAAAAUGGUAUAUUAGUUGGAUAGAAUAG